AUGGAGUAUACGCGACUUGGCAACAGCGGCCUCAAGGUGUCAAAAGUCAUCUUGGGAUGCAUGUCCUAUGGUUCCAGUAAAUGGAGCCCCUGGGUUCUCGACGAGGAAGAAAGUCUCAAGGUCAUCAAGAAGGCCUAUGACUGCGGCAUCAACACCUGGGACACGGCCGACUUCUACUCCAAUGGCAAGUCGGAAAUCAUUGUCGGCAAGGCGUUGAAGCAAUUCAACAUCCCCCGCAGCAAGGUCGUCAUCCUGUCCAAGGUCUACUUCCCAGUUCCAGAUGACGAGGGCUCUCGACCGCUUCCCAAGAACGACGGCCCACUGGUCAACCAGAUGGGUCUGAGCAGGAAGCACAUUUUUGAUGCGGUGGACAAGUGCUUGGAGCGGCUUGACACUCCUUACAUUGAUGUUCUUCAGAUCCAUCGUCUAGACCGAGAGACUCCUCCAGAGGAGAUCAUGCGUGCUCUGCAUGACAUUGUCCUCAGUGGCAAGGUCCGCUAUAUCGGUGCCUCGAGCAUGUAUGCCUGGGAGUUUGCCCGCCUGCAGUACAUUGCCAAGCUCAAUGGCUGGACCGAAUUCAUCAGCAUGCAGCCCUUCUACAACCUUCUCUAUCGCGAGGAGGAGCGCGAGAUGCUUCCUUUCUGCCGGGCUACGGGCGUCGGUGUCAUCCCGUGGAGCCCUCUGGCCCGCGGUCUCCUGGCCAAGCCCCGCGAGGAGCAGAAGAGUGUGAGAGGCCAAUCAGACAAGAUAAUCGACGUGUGGUUCCGAGAAGCCAACAUGGAGAUUAUAGAUGCUGUGGAGAAGGUCGCCAAGGACAAGGGUAUCACCAUGCCACAGGUGGCUACCGCCUGGGUCUUGCACAAGGGAUGCUGCCCUAUCCUGGGUCUCAGCAGCGAGAAAAUAGUCGAAGACACUCUUGAAGCUUUGAAAGUCAAGUUGACAGAGGAUGAACUGGAGUAUCUCGAAAGGGGGUACAGGCCCAGGAAGGUCGAGGGGCAUUAA